CAUGCCAUCCUCUCCCACUUGUCUCUUGUGUCGGACGGCUGCCGUUCUCUCUUCCUCACACACACACUCACACACACACUCUCUCUCUCUGCCCUACGUUCCCUUCACCCCCCCACCCUUCUGUUACUAUUCACACUCCCCUUAAUUCUCAUCUCUCUCUCUCUCUUUCUGCCUCUCUGUCUCUGUGUCUAUGUCUUUUUCUUCCUCGCUUUCCUGCCCCUCCCCCCCUCCUUAUUCCUUCCCAUGCGCCCCCAUCUCCAUCCCUAGGCAUCGUGGUAUCCUACCUUACCUGAGAUGGGUAAUUCGUAGGCUUUCAUCACCCAUACUAGCUCAUUCGCCUUUCCUCACUCCAUCCACACCACUUUACACCCCCUUCCACACAGCCGCACGCCCCCCCCCCUACCUCCCCUCCCAUCCCCUCCUCGUCUUCGACCUGGCGCAAGGCACGGAACCUGUACGAAUACCUUUCAUCUGCUUGCCCGUCUGUCUUGCUGCGAUACCUUGUACUAGUGUAGGGUCGCCAGGCUAUGUGGAACCUAUACCUAUCUACAAGUUACAUCUCCACGCCCUGCGAGGCACCCCUGCUGUAUUUGGUGGUCCUUCGCACUCACGCUGCCAGCCCUGUAGUUGCUGCCGCUGCCAGCCAUGUCAUUGCUCCCGGCUUGCUGGGCGGUUCGGGCUGAGCUCCUGUGAAGCCUUUGGGCUACUUUUUAUUUAAUAGCUUCCUUUCCCCUUCCUCUGCCACAUCUCGCCUCACCAUCCAGACUUCCAACAAUCUAGACUUGAUAUAAGUUGCGACUUGUCGACUAUCACCAAGCUUCAGCUUCCUCUUCUACAUCUUGCCCUUCUACAGCCUGAUAGUCAUCUCGACCUCAAUAUCCCCCACCAUCCUCUUACACCAAGAAGCGCGACAACAUUACAUCCCGCUCACAAUGUCAAUGUUCACCAUGUCUCAACAUCACCAAUACGCCUACCCGGCAACAACUCCCGCUCCCAGGGCCUACUCUGGACACGGAACCAGCAGC